AUGAGGAAAUAUGGUGUGCACCCUAGGGUAUCUACCCCUUACCACCCUCAGUCUAAUGGCCAAGCAGAAAUUUCUAAUCAAGAGAUCAAGGCAAUACUGGAGAAGACAGUCAAUCCCUUGAGGAAAGACUGGAGUAAGAGGCUCGAUGAUGCAUUAUGGGCCUACAGAACUGCUUUCAAGACUCCUAUCGGAAUGUCGCCUUAUAGGCUGGUAUUCGGCAAAAUGUGUCACCUGCCCGUGGGUAUAGAGCACAAGGCGUACUGGGCAGUCAAAGAGAUGAGUAUGAAACCUUUAGCUUGUGAAGAGGAGGGGAAGUUACAGUUACAAGAGCUGGAGGAACUAAGGCUGGAGUCUUAUGAGUCUUCUAUGCGGUAUAAGGAAAGGACAAAGUUAUGGCAUGACAAGAAUCUCCGAGUCAAGGAACUCCAUGUGGGACAGAAGGUGCUCCUUUUCCAAUCUCGGCACAAGCUUAUGUCAGGAAAGUUGAAGUCUAAGUGGAUCGGUCCAUAUACCAUUGUCGGCCUCCGCGCGAAUGGAGCUGUAGAGAUCCAGGGAAGUGCCUCUAACUCUAUCCCUUUCCUUGUUAAUGGUCAUAGAGUAAAGGUCUAUAGGGAUAAUUCUGAGUUGUGUGUAGUGGAGGAAGUGCCACUACGCGCACUCUCUAUUAUCACCUAG